UUAGAAGGGCUUCGGGCGCUCAGCUGUCGCUCGUCUGUCGUCUGGAGCCCUAGCCUUGCCCUCUCUCUCUCUCUCUCUGUCUCUUGCUCCAAGAUGAAGCUUGUCAGGUUUUUGAUGAAGCUCAACAACGAGACCGUUUCGAUCGAGCUCAAGAAUGGCACCGUCGUCCAUGGUACUAUCACAGGUGUGGAUAUCAGCAUGAACACACAUUUGAAGACUGUGAAGCUUACUUUGAAGGGGAAGAAUCCAAUCACUCUUGAUCACCUCAGCGUGAGAGGCAACAAUAUUCGAUACUUUAUCCUCCCUGACAGCUUAAACCUUGAGACUUUGCUGGUUGAGGAAACACCUAGGGUCAAGCCCAAGAAGCCAACUGCAGGGAGGCCUUUGGGACGUGGUCGUGGGCGUGGACGUGGUCGGGGGCGCGGACGAGGCCGUUAGUCACGUACCAUCUUGAUCAUUUGUGGUGUUUGUUUCUGUACAAACGCCUGCUACCAUAGAGAAUUUUUGAGGGCUUUUGCUUUACUAGUUAGAAGCAGGACUGCUUGGCUACGACAGAUAGCUCUAAUGUAUGUGUUUUAACAGUUGGACUUUGAUGAUGAAAUUGGAUGAUGAAUCAGAAUUCCGAUGCAAUCCUUUUGUCUUUCCACUAACAUGGUGCUUUGGGUUGUUGAGCUUCAGUUAUUGGUGCUAUGGCUAUUAAAGUGCAAAAUUUAUGUCGGAGAAGUGAGAACUCAUAAAUCAAGGUAUAAAUCGUAGUGCAGCUAUGUUAUUCUGGC